AUGUCUGAAUUACACGCAGUUUUACAAACGAUCAAUGAAUCACUAGACAAUACCUCAGAGUCUCUUGAUAAAUUGAGAAGCAUCUAUUUGGAAAAUGGUUUGGGCGCUACUGAAGCAGCUAAACUAAGUUUACAAUCCGACUUAUUGAAAGGUGGUGAAACUAAGGAAAAAGUGUCAUUAUUGAGUUUAAAAAAUGGUAGUAUGAUCUCUUACAUUUCUUCAUUAUUAAUGAUUGUUGGUGAAAAAUUAAAUGGAGGUAAUAUCAAAGAUUUAACCGUUUCAGAGCAUCGUGAAAAAACCAUAGAGAAUCGUGUAGUGCUUGAACGUGGUGUUAGACCUCUAGAGAAGAAGUUGGCUUACCAACUAGAUAAAUUGACAAGAGCUUAUACAAGAAUGGAAAAAGAAUAUAUAGGUGCAGAAAAGCGUGCCUUGGAAAGAUCACAACAGCAAUUGAAGGGUUCAUCUGAUGAAGAAGAUGAGGAUGACUCCAGUGAUGAAGAAGAACUAUCUUAUAGACCUAACGCAGCAGGUAUGGUAAAGUCAUCUACAGUAAAACACAGAAAUAAUAGUGACAAAGCUACCGAAGACCAACAUAAUGAGGAUGAGGAAGAUGAAAACGAUGAAGACAAGAAUAGUGGAGUAUAUAAACCACCAAAAAUCAGUGCUAUGUUACCUCCAAGAGAACAGCACUUUGAUGAUAGAUUCAAUGCUCAAGAACAUAAAGAUCGUAGUAACAGAUCUCGUAUGCAAGCUAUGGAAGAAUAUAUCAGAGAAAGUUCAGAACAACCUGACUGGGAAAGCUCUAUUGGUGCUAAUAUCGUGAACCAUGGUAGAGGUGGUAUCAAGACAUUAAGAGACACCGAGAAGGAAAGAAGAAUUACAACCUAUGAAGAAGAAAACUUCACUAGAUUGAACGUUGGUGGUAGUAAAAUCGAUAAAAGAAAACAAAAACAGAGAGAAAGAAUGGCCAAAGUUAACAUGAUUGGUGGUGAAGAUUUCAGUAUUUUCAACUCCAAGAGAAAAUUAGAGGAUAGCACUUCAAGACGUGGUAACAAGAAAAGUCGCAGCGCAUGGGAUAGAGCUAAAAGAAGACUAUAG